AUGGAUACAGAAACUAGGAAUCUUCGUCACUUUGAGAUAUCUGACAGCCUAGACUGGCACGGCGUUCUACGACCACCUGGCCCAGAGGAUACUAUGAGACUGGAUGCUUCAGAGGCUGAAGAUCCGGAAGGUUGGACAGAAUCUGACGUUUUGAAUGCAAUGAAAACAGUAACUGAUAUUGUUUCAGAUGAUAUUAGUAACUGUCUGGAAAUUUUGACCACAGAUGUUUUUAAUGCAGCCUUUAAUCUGAUUAGAUACUAUCAUAAUAUGGAUAAGAAGGAUCAAAUAUCUUUAUGCCAAAUCUUAUCUUCACUUUGUGAUAGAAUACAACGUAUUGUAGAUUGCGUGCCACCUACUCCUUAUACAUCUGCUAAUGAAACGUUGGACAACGUCUACUAUUCUGGGCUAGAGAGGAAGAUUUUAUCGUUCAGUGAUUCUGACAUUCCCACUGAUGCAAAUGAAUCUGGUGACUUGCCAGUUAAACCUAGAGAAGUUGGCUUAAUUAUGCGUUCUCUUAUUAAUGUUAUCAUCUUUUUGGUUUCAAUGUGCCAUAAAAUUGCCCUAGAUCCACCAAAUGAAGAUGAAGAAAAGGCUUCCUUGACAUUAGGGUUAUCUAACAAACGAGGUAAAGGUUCCAAAAAGAAGAAGGAUUCCAUCAUAAACACUGUAGCUAUCAAUCAGCUGGUUGAGGCUAUGCUGAAUAUUACAAAAAUUAAUAUGAUACUACCAUUUUCUGGUGAAUACAGUGGAAAUGGUUAUCCAAAUCCUUCUAUGCUACGUAUGUUAUUUCAAACCAUGUUGGCUACUAUUGCUCUGGAACAUAAAUUUGACAAGAUUAACGUAGCCGUUGCUAGAAUGAUGAAAAUACAGUUCUCAAUCACUGAAUCCAAAGAAAGCACGACUCCCACGUCUGUACAAAAUCUUAGCGAAUCAGCACGAAGUAAUACGGAGAAUUCCACAGAAAAUAUCCAAAACUAUGAAUGGAUUACUAUGCUUAUGGAUGAAAUUAAAAAACCUCAUUCUAUAACAAUUGUGGAUGUUCUAGAACUUGUAAAGGAUACACAAAUACCGAAAAUGAUUAUAAAUGAAACUAUUUUCAGCGCCAAAGAUAAUGCAUUAUUACAUUCUGCAAGCUCAAAUCAACUAAUGAGUGCUUCUGUCCAAACAGAAUUUACCAAUAUUGGACUCUUUAUUGAAAAAGUUACAAAGAAAAUUCCAGAUGCUAUAAUUGUCAAUAUUUCAGAUAUGAAACAGCUUUUCUCUAUCCCUUCAUAUUCUUUACGCAAAUCAGUCCUAGAGUCUAUUAAGAUGUUGAUUAUUCUGUCAAAAUCAGAUGAUGAAACAGAAAACGGUGAUUCAGAUAUUGUUAAGGAAUGUACCAAACAGAGAGAACAAUUGUUUGAUAUGGUGUUUUCAAGGCAAUUUGAUACUUAUAUGUAUGCUAGAGCGUAUGUGUUAAAAAUCGUAAUCGACUUGAUUGAGUGCGAUGCACUCCCUAUUAGGAUGUAUAACAUUGUCUGCUCACUCGCCUUAUCAAGACUAAUGGAUAGAGGUGCACAAGUUAGACAGCGUGCAUUGUCACUCAUGUCUAUAGUUAUAAGCGAUGUUACCAAUAAGAAAUUUCUUGUUUCCCUAAACGUAUUGGAACUCCAAAAAGAGCUUGAUAUGAUUAACUCCAAACUUGGAAAAGUCGAAAUGUUAGAUACAAAUCCUGAAGUGGAAAGUUCAGAAUAUAACGAAGUAGAUCGAAAAAACACGUUAUUCGAACUUACUCAAGAUUUUGGUGCGCUUGAAGAUGGAACAGCACUAAAGAAUUUGAAAGAAAAGUUAGAAAUAGCUAGAGAAAUGUACACAGCAGCUGUUGAAAUUGCCGAAAAUGUAAUAACUUCAAUCGAUAUGGCAAAAAAAAUGUUGAAGUCUCCAACGGAAAUUGAUCAAAAAUCGGCUAUAAAGUAUAUUGCAACUUGUCACCUUUUAGGAAUAACAGUAGCCACAGAGAUAUUACCAUCUAUAUGGGAAUUAUCAUGGGCUACAAACCAAAAUGUAGUAGAUGCUGUGUUAAACGAAUUUAAAAAUGUAUAUUUCUACUCGGAUGAUUAUAUUUCCGUCGCAAAGCUCCUGAUAAAACUAGUUUCAAACAGUAAUUUAGGAUGUUUAGCAUCCAUAGAAAAAAUUUUAGAGGUCAAUGUAGGUAAGGAGACACCCUAUUUUUCUAAUAUGGAUAAAUUAGUAACAUCCCUGUUGACGAUUGCUGUGGCUCCAAACAACAUAAUUGGACGUGAUUCGACCCCUAUAAUUGCUCUUGAGAUUGUUCGCCUGGUUUUAUGGUCAUGUAGAGGCAAAAAAACAGAGGAAUUUGAUUCUAUGAGGAAUUUUGAUAAACAUGCCUCUGUAGUUAGGAACAUGUUUAAGUCGUCAAUCAUGUGUGAUAGUGAUGUAUUCGGGGAAUUAUGCCUAAUAUUAACAAACUCAACUGUUUCUCCUACAAUGAGUGAACUUUCUGAAUAUGCUUUUGGACUAUUUGUAGAUUGCUUUGGAUCUAUGGAUGACGUCUGGUUUAAAAUAUGCCAGUGUGUAAUUGAUCUAACAUUCACACAUUGUAAAGAUCCUGAAGUGUUGUGGUCAAAAUUCAUCAUAACACGUUUAACUGAGAUACUUAAAUGUGAGCAAGGAACGAGUUUGAGAAAAAUAUCGCAACUUAUUUUUGUGUGCGGGCAUCUGGCUAUUCGAACUGUUAUUAGUGUGGAUAAACUACAAAACGAUCUCAAGAGUUCGAGGUCAAACUUAGAAUGUAUGGAGGGUGUAACCACUGUCAAUGAUGCUUCGAAUAACAUGGGUAUGGUUACAAAGGAUGAAAAGGAACGAGAUAUAUUUGAAAACUUGUGCGAAAAUAAUAUUGUUUGUUCUAACCUUUUGGGUGAACCCAUACUGAAACUUAUUAUAACUAGCCUACAUAAUCCUCAACUUUUUAUAAACGAUUCCAUUGGUAGUGUUUGUAAGGAAUCGCUUGUAAAAGAGAUAAGUGUACUUAAAACAGCUGUCACUAUAGCAAUUUGCAAGUAUGCUACGGUGUCAAAAAAAUUCUGCAAUGCGGUAUUUACACUAGAUUCAAACUGUACAAUAAUAAAUGUAAUCAUUUCUCUAUUGCUAAACAAAAGGCUAGAUCCAGAUAUUGAUGCAAAAUCUCUUAAAAAUAUCAAAGGUACGUAUUACUACUCCAAAGAGUCUGUUUCAUCAACAUUAAGAUCAACUCUGCUAAUUUGCUAUGGAGAUUUGUUGUGCCGUCAUCCAAAUGUUCUAGAACCUUGGAAUGAUCAAGCAUUUCAAUUGUUGCUAGAUAGUGAUGAAAAGGUCAGGGAAACAGCAGUAUUGGUAUUUACACACUUGGUUAUGAAUGACAUGGUAAAACCAAAGGGAAAAUUGUUGGAUGGUAUGAUGUUUUUGACAUUAGAUAAAGUUAGUAGAAUAUCAGAAUGUGCCAAACUUUUUUUCCAUGAGAUAGACAAGAAAAAUCCAAAUACCAUAUACAAUUGCUUCCCAGAAAUGAUAGCAACAUUAGCUAGAAAUAAGAGGAACCAACCCAUCUCCAGAAACCUCAAGAUAUUAAACAUGCUUUUUAAUUUCAUCAAAAAGGAUAAGCAUCAUGAAUCCAUUGUGGAAAAGAUAUGUACACGUUUACAAUCCACAGAUGCUAAUAACAAAAGUGCAUUAUGCAUCUACAUAAAUGUACUCCUCAAGAUUAAUUACGACGAAAAGUCGCUCACAAAACUCAACAAAUCUCUACACUUGUUGAGACACUUACUCUUCGAAUCCCAGCCACUCUUAGCAACUAUAUACCUGAUACAUUGCAAGAUCAAAUCCACGAACAUAAAGGCUACGAAGAAUACUGAAAGUUCAGCAGAUCAAAAUGGCGAAGAUAUUGUCACCAAUCAACCUGAUUCUAACGUAAUCAAGGGACUAGCUGAUGAGCUUAUGAGUAAAAUUAACGCAAUAUUUGGGCCAGGAAGGGCCAGCUAUAUCACAAAGGCUACUUCAAACGCGAAUCAAAUAAUUGCCGAACUCGAAAAGGAUCAAGACAUUCCAAAUCCAGACAAAAAUUUGUAUAUCCAAAACUUUGGAUACGUUACAGUAGGUGCAGACACUGGAUUCAGCGAUUACGAUGAAGAUGACAAUCUAACCCAUUUGGACCAACAGAUUAAACAACAACUCACUAUCAAAGAUGAACCUAAACUCGCUCGGCUCGCCAGCAAAUCACGUAGUAUAGAGAUCUCCACAGAUAAGGAAGUAAAUGUCAAAAGACCAAACAAACGACAUAAGAAAACAAAAAAGUAA